AUGGUUAGAGGUAACGGAAAUGAGGGUCAAAAGAGUCAUUCAAUACGUAUACCAGGGUCUAUAAUAGAUAAAGUUAAGGAGAAUGGCUCUUACGAUGAGAAUGAUCUGAGGUUUUCGCUACUCAAGACGAAGAGAAAGAGAGACAAUAUCACUAGAAAAGAGCGUAGGCAACAAGAGCGACACCAAAAAAAGCAAAGGAGGUCAAAAAAUGGAGGCUAUAAUCAUCUUAAACCUGUAUCUUCUAGUCAUAGAAAAUACAGUUCUUCGGCAAGUGCUAUGAAGAAAAUUAAUGCAGGCGAUGGUGCAACUUUUGGGACUGAGUCCGAUGAAAUACUGGACAGCUUUGAAGACCUUGAGGCUGAGAAUGAACAGUUUAGUAGUCUCUCUGAUGAGUUUGAAGAAGAUCCUAUUGAGCAACUAAGAAAAAUUAAAGAAAUGAAGCUGAUAAAAAUUAGAAAUGACGCUAACGACAAGAAAACAGUUAAGGGCAACAAACAGGAACAUAUGAAAGGAGAUCGAGUCUCUGUUCAGCCAGAAUAUCUUGAUAAAGACAAUGAAGAAAUAGAAUACUAUGCAAAAAAAUUAGGGUUGAAAGGGGGAAAGAAUGCAAGGCUAACGAAAACGAACGACGAUGAUUUAAUUGGUGGAAUCCUUGAUGGUCUUGAGCUUGAAAUUCCAGAGAACGAACUGAAUGAUGAACUUUCUGAUAGAAAUCUCUCUUCCAAUGACCUGUUUCAAGAUUUCGAUUCUGAUAAUGAUCUGCAUGAUCAAACCGAUGAUGAAAUUGAGCCAUCCCGUAAAGAAAAUCCGUUUGUGGCUCCUAUAGAAUCUACUACAACUCUUGAGAGUGGAUUAGAAUUGAAGCAAAGGUAUGUUCCUCCCGCUUUACGUAAAAAGAUGGAACUCGAAAAGGAUUUUCAAAACGACGAUAAAUUGAAUAAGCAAAUAAAGAGUGCCAUCAAUAAGCUUUCAGAAGCGAAUAUUGCUUCUAUCGUUAAUGAAAUUAAUGGUCUAUUCUCGCAAUAUUCCAGGAGAGCCGUAACGGAAUCCUUGGUCAAUGAGUUAUUGGAUAGUGUUAUACAAGAAGGAAGGAUAUUAGACUCAUUUUUAACGCUAUAUGCCACUGUUGUUGUUACUAUUAAGAGAUUACAAGGUAUUGAGUUUGGUGCACACUUUAUUCAAGAGUUGAUUAAACUUUUUGACGUUUGCAGAAUAGAAGAGGGCUCCUCCAAAAAAGCUUCAAAUUUGGUUUCCUUUUUAUCAGCCACUUAUGCCCUAAAUUUGGUUUCUUCCAAAUUACUAUUCGAUGUUGUAAAAGAUUUGAUCGGCAGCUUUAACGAGCUGAAUGUUGAAAUUUUAUUACGGCUAAUAAGAACUUCGGGUAAUCAGAUGAGAAUAGAUGACCCAAAUGCAUUGAAGGAGAUUAUUGCUUUAGUGAACACCGUAUCCACUCAUUCCAUUAGAGAAAAUACGAGAAUGAGUUUCUUGAUUGAUACUAUUUCGUCUCUCAAGAAUAAUAAACUCAAAACCACUAAUGAGCACACUCUUCAUCUUACUACAAGGAUGAGAAAAUAUUUAUCUUCAUUUAAAGGUCAUAAUCUAGAUGCUCCAAUACAGGUUAGCCUAGAUGAUAUUAGAAAUGUUGAUUCAAGGGGAAAGUGGUGGUUGGUUGGUGCAGCAUGGAAAGGACAAGAGGAAACCAUAGUACCAGAUGUCAAUCAGAGUGCAAUCAACGAUAUUUUGGAUAGUGCUGAGCCUAACUGGAUGAAUCUUGCAAGAUCACAAAGAAUGAACACAGAUAUAAGAAGAGCGAUAUUCAUCGCAAUAAUGUCAGCAAGUGAUUAUGUGGAUGGUCUAACGAAGCUAGAGAAGCUAUCUUUGAAGCGAUCGCAAGCAAGAGAAAUUCCUAAGGUUCUUCUCCACUGUACCGGCGUUGAGCCAGCAUGGAAUCCUUAUUACGCAUUAUUGGCCAGCAAAUUGUGUAAUUCUCACUCAUAUCGUAAAACAUUCCAGUUCAUUUUAUGGGACCUUCUAAAAGAUCUUGAGAAUUCAGAUAGUGAAUCAUAUAGUGAUUUCAUGGGAUUAGGUGAAAAUGAGGAUGAAGAAACAAAACUCAAAAAAAUUUUAAAUGGUGGAAGGUUUUUCGGCUAUAUGCUAUCUGAAGGAUCUUUAAAUUUACAUGUGUUGAGAGUAGUUAACUUCUUAACAGCAUCUGAAGAUACGACGCUUUUUUUGGAAGCCGUAUUUGUUACAUUUAUUGAUCGGAUUGCUAAAAAAUCUCUGAUUUCUUCUGUAGGAUCCGGAAUAGUUGAUACAAGCAAUUACAAAAAGGGCAGUACCUACCACGACAAGAUUUUGAUUGAGAUGUUAUUGAAACAGAAGGAUCAACAUUCUUUAUUACGUGGAAUAAAAUAUUUUUGUUCGAGAAGAGUCAGUGAAAGUAACUUGGUGACUAGCAAGUCUCAGAGAAAAAGAGUACAUUGGGGAGUUGGAUCUAUAAUAGAUAUUGUAGACGAAUUCUUGAAAUAUUCGAAUCAAGUCUAA